AUUGAAAACACAAUGACGGCAAAAUGCUAUUAAUAUGUUUUAGUGUGAUCACUAGAUGGCGUAUCCACGAGUUUUUUUGCUUACAAAAUUUAACAAAUUACCUAUUUACCAAAUAUAAUGUAAAUAACAAAAUAUUCUCUUACAAUAUGUAAAUUUAUUUCAAAUGUUUCUGUUGUUUUUUAUCAUAAAUAUUACAAUUUCGUUUGCCUAAGUACUCAACAUUACGUCACGUUUGUGACGUCAAGGACAAGUGUUUUUCCUUUUAUUCGUUGAUUUUACAUUUUGCUGCGUAACAAAUUAUGGCAAAUAGUGGAUAUUUUGACGAAAAUAGUGAUGUUUCUGCUAUACUAUUCGAUUUAGAUAACACUUUAAUACAAACAAGAAAAGGAGAUACUAAAGCUUGUAAUAAGCUCGUGGAACUGCUGCAAAAUGAAUAUGGCCUUCCCAAAGACAUGGCUGUGGAGAGCGGUUCCACAUUCCUACGCGCCUUCAGGGCUCGACCUGAUGACGAAUCGUACGCAUUGCACGAAUGGCCAGCGCAUCUAUGGCGUAACUGCUUACCAAAAAACUACAAACACAUCGCCAAAAGUGUGUCGACCGAAUGGCUAAGGCUAAGAUUUCGGUAUUUGGCUCUCACAAAUGACGUAAUACAUUUACUCGAAACAUUGCGGGAGGAUUAUCUUCUCGGUCUGAUCACGAACGGACCAUCGCGAGCUCAAUGGCAGAAAAUCGAACGCCUCGGGCUUCGCAAAUACUUCGACUGCGUCCUCGUAUCCGGGGACCUGCCCUGGGAGAAACCUGAUCAACACAUCUUCCACGAAGCAUGCAAACUUCUUAACGUUGAGCCCCGUAACUGCAUUAUGGUUGGAGAUAAACUGGAAACUGAUAUCAAGGGUGGAAAAGAAGCAGAACUAGCAGCAACCGUUUGGAUCCCAUUGCAAAAGGAUGAAGAAAUAUCAGACCUACCAGACAUUACGAUAGACAAUGUAACCGAACUACCAGAAGUCUUGCCAAAUUCUCCUAAACUCAAACGAUCAACAAAUAUGUCCGAUGACUGUUAGGUCUGAAGUCUUUUUUUUCUACACACUAUAUGCAUUGCGCCUUGAUUCGCUCUUAUCGGACAUUAUACAGUAUCUCAAGUACAAAACUUUAUUUGCAGUACAAAUGUAGAUUAGGUAUUUGUAAAUUUAUGUAUCGUUUCACACCCAACAAUGUCUUAUAAGUAGUUGUUAUAUUUAUUGUGUGUUUUUAAUGUUGUUUGUUAAAAAGUGCUAGAAGCCUGAUUUCUAAUUAGAAAUAGAGAAGCUAUUAUUUUAAGAUGAUGUUAUCGUAGUAAGUAAUUCUAUAUUUUUUUACAAAUUAACUAUUUUUAUUAAACUUGGUGGUACCCUUUGGCAUCCUACGAUGAGACUGUCUUGUGUGAUACUGUACUAAUAAUUAUUCGUUUGAAUUUAUUAGAAUUAUUAAAAUGCUAUUUUAUGCAUGUGGAUUAAUAGAGUAAAGGUCAUCAAACUUUUAUUUUAUUAGAGUAGAGCGAUGUAAGGGCUCAAUUUAUUUUUGUAGUCUUUCACUAAUAGAUCUAAUAUUUUAAUACCAUUUUCAAAAUAAUAGAUUGUGAGUAUCCAAUUGAAAAGUGUUUCAUACGGGUUUCAUAGUAGACACACGAAACAUUUAGUUUCGCUAAUAAUUAAUAUUUGUAUCUAGUUACAUAGAUAGAUAUAUUUUUAAAUUGUUAUGACGUAUAAUUAGAUUGAGUGAUCUGGUAUUGUUGUUGAUUUGGAAUAAUCUUAAAAUGUAGUACACAGAGGAAGUAUAGUGUUCCUAGAAAUUAGCAAGCAAGCUUUUCUAUGUUGUCUUCACCAAAUAGUUACUGAUCUUUUUCAUGAUAUGGACAAAACACACAAACUAUUUUAUUCGAAUAAAACUAUUUUUUUAAAA